AUGAGCAAUUUUCGGUUCAGUAUCUUGCCCAAGAACUCAUCGGCAUGGGAACUUGAGGAGCCGGGAAUCAAACCAAUUGAUGGCCGACCGCUCUACCUCCUGCACCACACAGAAGGAAUGGCAAUAUCUAAGAAUCACUUUGCCAUCUUUGCCCUUCUACUUGCUGUCUAUAUUUUGGAAACAGGCAAACUCACUGAAUAUUCAAGUUUGGUCUCACCGAUGCACGAUGAUGAAGAAGAACACGUUCUACCUCAUAUCAGGGACAGAAGGAGUGCUCAAACAAACCAAUGGAAUUACAUAAUUGAUGUUGUAGUGAACACCUCUGAUGGAGAAAUAGUCGAGAAGAUUCAGUCAUUCUUGGACAACACUAGUUUCCCCAUACAACUAGAUAACAUGACAGACAUCUCUGACAUCGAUAUCACCACAGUGUGUUCCCCGACUGCCAUUGGCUUCCAGUGUAGAUGUGAGGAUCAGUUUGCUUGGCCAUACAGCACUUGUGUCACAUAUGGAGCCUGCGAUCAAAUAUCUGGCAGCAUCUGUAAAUGCAUCAAUGCUAUUCCACCUGAUGGUCAGUCCUGCCAGCCAGUAUCAGAGCUACUCACUCAAACUGAGUAUGAAGUGAAUGUGGAGCUGAAUGUUUCUGAUGUUGCAACAAUAGAGCUUCUGAGGAGCUUACUGAACAACAGUAGUAUCUCCCUGACUCUGGGUCCCACUGUGAAUGUCACAGACAUUGACAUCACCACAGUGUGCUCCCCAAAUGGUACCAGCUUCCAGUGCAGAUGUCAGGAUCAGUUUGUAUGGUCGCAAACAAACUGUAUUACUUAUGGCGCAUGUGAUGACAACACUGAUGACACGUGCAGCUGUAUCAACAGUUUUCCAUCUAAUGGGCAAUACUGCCAGCCAGUGUCCCCAGUUGUGUAUGAAUACGAGAUUUUCAUUGAAGUAAACACUACAGAUGCAGAUCAGCUGAGAAACACCCUGAAUACCAUCUCCUUCCCCAUCCAAAUCAGCACAAAAAUAAACAUAUCAGAUGCAAAUAUUACUACAGUUUGCAGCCAAAAUGACACUGCAUAUGAAUGCAGCUGUGAGGACAACUAUCUUUGGCCUUGUGACAAGUGUAACACCUAUGGGAAAUGUAAAGGUGACACAAACAGCACAUGUGGGUGCAUCAAAGCUAUUCCCACUGAUGGACAGUUCUGUCAGCCAAUACAGGACCAAACUCCUCCAGUUGUUUAUGAAUACCUGCUUUCUAUUGAGUUGAACACCACAGAUGUAUCAGUGAUAGACCGACUGAGAAACAUCAAUUACCCAGUCAACUUCAGCAAUGGCAAACAGGUCACUGAUGUUAACAUCUCUACAGUCUGCUCUCCGAGCGGUGCUGGUUUCCAGUGCAGUUGUGAGGAUCAGUAUCGUUGGUCAUGUGACCAGUGUUUCCUGUAUGGAUCCUGUGACAACAUCACUGAUGACACAUGUGGAUGCAUCAAUGCCCUCCCUACUGAUGGACAGUAUUGCCAGCCUGUUGAUCAGCACAUGACACCAUUUCUUUACAAAUACCUCAUUUCUAUUGAGUUGAACGCUACAGCUACAACAAUAGCUCAACUGAGAUUCCUUCUUGGGAACCUCAAUUACUCCAUCAUCAUCAACAAAGACAUAGAAAUAACAAAUGUUAACCUUUCUACAGUCUGCUCUCCGAGUGGUGCUGGUUUCCAGUGCAGAUGUGAGGAUCAGUAUCGUUGGUCAUGUGACCAGUGUUUCCUGUAUGGAUCCUGUGACAACAUCACUGAUGACACAUGUGGAUGCAUCAAUGCCCUCCCUACUGAUGGACAACUUCUCCAUUUGCCCAUCAACAACUCCUCCAGCAGAUUCAACAUCAAUUGCUACAACACAUCUGAACACUACAACACUCACAACUUCACCAACAACUGUAGACACCAAUUCAACAACACCUGCUACAACAAACAUGAACACAGCAGUAGCUACCACAAUACCACCAACAGUUAUGACAAACUCAACACCUAUUGCUACAACACACCUGAACACUACAACACCCACAACUUCACCAACAACUGUAUCCAUGAGUCCAACUCCUGUUGCUACAACACAUAUGAACACUACGACAGCUUCAACACCGACAACACUGAUUACACAUUCAACAUCAAUUGCUACAACACAUCUGAACACUACAACACUCACAACUUCACCAACAACUGUAGACACCAAUUCAACAACACCUGCUACAACAAACAUGAACACAGCAGUAGCUACCACAAUACCACCAACAGUUAUGACAAACUCAACACCUAUUGCUACAACACACCUGAACACUACAACACCCACAACUUCACCAACAACUGUAUCCAUGAGUCCAACUCCUGUUGCUACAACACAUAUGAACACUACGACAGCUUCAACACCGACAACACUGAUUACACAUUCAACAUCAAUUGCUACAACACAUCUGAACACUACAACACUCACAACUUCACCAACAACUGUAGACACCAAUUCAACAACACCUGCUACAACAAACAUGAACACAGCAGUAGCUACCACAAUACCACCAACAGUUAUGACAAACUCAACACCUAUUGCUACAACACACCUGAACACUACAACACCCACAACUUCACCAACAACUGUAUCCAUGAGUCCAACUCCUGUUGCUACAACACAUAUGAACACUACGACAGCUUCAACACCGACAACACUGAUUACACAUUCAACAACAGUUCCUACAACCGAUAUGAACACAUCAAGAGUCACCACACCACCAACAACAGCCAAAGUACCACAGUGAGCUCCACAACAGAAGCUACUUCUAUUCCAGCUGUAACCACAACCCUCAUUACAACUACUAUCCCCACCACGACUACUGCUACAACCACUACCACCAUUGACGCCUUCACAACAGCCGUUAUCCCUAUAACAAUAGGCAGAUCAACUACUACUGCUUUGCCAUCUGCUACAACAUCACCUGCUCCUGUUACAGGAUUUGAUGUGGCAAUGUCAAUCAGAUUAGAAAAGGACUUCACAGAAGACUUGAAUGAUGCAACAAGUUCUGCAUACCAAGAUCUUAAAACAAGUAUUGAGCCAGUGUUGAGGAAUCAGUAUAAAGUAAUUACUGGGUUCAUUGAUGCUAGUGUGACUGGCUUCAGCCGAGGAAGCAUCAUCACAAACUAUGUUGUUCAGACAAGCCAAGUUAACCCAGCUGAAAUAGCUGAAGCAAAUAAAAAUAUCACAAAAGCAAUGGAGCCUAUUGCCCCUGUCAUUGGCUCUGUAACCGCAGUUUACAGCAGUUCAUCUUCAAUCAACGUUCCACGUCUCACUUAUACUGGUGGACAAAUGAUACUAACGUGUGGGCCUCUGAAUGAAGACUUUAAUAUGGGACGAAUUUCCAGAUCUGUAUGGAAAUUUAAAGGAUCUAAAAUUGCGGGUGGAAGAUAUACAAUAACUACCUCUAACAUAAAGUCUACACUUAGAAUUGACAAUGUCAUUCCUGCUGAUGCUGGAUUUUAUGAAUGUACUCUGGUUGGUGAAGUAAUGGAAUUCUUCCAAAACGGAACUGUAAAAGCAGCGGACAUCAAACUAGCUCCCAUCGUGCGACUACAGAGUAAAAUUAACGUUGAAUGCUCGGAGGGACUGGAACAACCACUGAAAUGUUGUGUGCAGUCCAACUAUAGAGUCAAGUGGUUUAGCACAAAUCUUUUAAAUUCAGAUACCAACACUGAACCUGACUCCUACUGCAUCAUUUAUAAACACGUGAUAAACAGCUGCACUGUGUCAGAGCAGGAACUGAGGUUUACAUGUAGGGUGGAUGAACCAAGUGGUUAUCAAAUGACGACAACAAUGAUCAUUUUCAGAGGAACUGCUGAGUGUGAUGAUGCUCAGUAUGGGAAAGGACGAGAAGGUGACAAAUCAACCAUACAAUGUGAGGAAGGUCAAGAGGGAAGCAAGACUGCUGUCUGUAGGGGAGGAGUGUGGACACUUGAGGCGGACAACUGCAUUGUAUCAAAAAUCAAGGAAAUAUUAAUUGAGUCAGUGAAUUUGAAUCCUGUGGAAGUGCCACAAUUUGUGGAAGAUCUAAAUACUGCUGUCCAGAGUGAACAAACUGAAAUUGCAGAUUCAUCUGCAACCAUAUCAGCAAUCGUUGACAUCAUAAACAGUGUUGCAAAUGUUUCCACUACUGUUGAUGAAGUUGUCAUGACGAACAUACUAACAACAGUUGAUGCCAUCAUUGGUGAUGACGCAAAAGAGUCCUGGGACACUCUGAAUGAAAAUGAAAUCGGCAGUGCCAGCUCAAAAUUACUGGGUUCACUGGAGGCUCUCUCUGAAGAUGUAGUUGGGGAGUUUAGCAUUACAACUCCACGGAUCCAGCUCAAUAGAACCUCAUUUAACAAUGCCUUCAAAGAAGAACUGAACUCCAGUGUUGUCAUUGACAUUCCAGACACCAAUACUAACAAUAUCAGUAUAACCACCAUCAUAUUUUCAACCCUUCAUAAUGUUAUGCCAGCUCGGAACUCAAGUUAUGACCCCAGCCUUUUCAAUGCCACCAACAAUCAAAGUGUCCCUGCUAACGCCAUUAAUGCUGCUGUGGUACUCGUGAGAACAAGUGUAAAAAUUCAGAAUGUCACUAUGAGCUUUGAUAAGCAAAAUAACUCUCUGAUACUAAACCCACAGUGCGUCUUCUGGAACUUCACGCUGUUUAAGGAUCAAGGUGCUUGGGAUGAUGAGGGGUGUACAUUUAUUUCUGACAUAAACAACACAGUAACCUGCAAUUGCAACCAUCUCACCUCAUUCUCAAUUCUGAUGGCCACUGACAUCCCUCCAUCUCUGAGACAAGUCUUGGAUGUAAUCACUUAUGUUGGAGUUGGGAUAUCUAUGGCAAGCUUAGUUAUAUGUCUGAUUAUUGAAGGAUAUGUAUGGAAAGCCAUGACCAGAAACAGCACUGCUUUCAUGCGUCAUGUUUCCAUUGUAAACACUGCCCUCUCUCUGUUGAUCGCAAACAUUUGUUUCAUCAUUAGUGCUGCUAUUGUUAAGAACCCCCUUGAAAACCCAGGGGAGGACUACACAGUUCCAGUAGGACAAUGUAGCACAGCAACAUUUUUUAUGCACUUUUUCUACCUUGCUCUUUUCUUUUGGAUGCUGGUGUCAGGACUUCUUCUCUUCUACCGGACGGUUAUGGUCUUCUCCCACAUGUCCAAGUCAACUAUGUUGGCCAUUGGCUUCACUGUAGGUUAUGUGUGCCCUCUAAUUAUAGCUGUCAUCACUGUUGCUGUUACAGCACCAGGAAAUGGAUACAUCAGGACAUCUGAUGCCUGUUGGCUGAACUGGAGCAAGACGAAGGCCCUGCUGGCUUUGGUGAUACCUGCCUUGACCAUAGUUGUAAUCAACAUUUUGAUUGUAAUUGUGGUCUUGUUCAAAAUGCUGAGGAGAGGCAUGGGAGACGUGUCCCAAGCAGAUGAAAAGCAUACACUGGUUGUCAUUGCAAGAUGCUUGAUCAUUUUGACUCCUUUAUUUGGUCUUACAUGGUCUUUGGGAGUGGGAACCAUGGUAUCAUCAACAAAUAAAGGAAUCCAUAUUGCCUUUGCAUUCUUCAAUUCACUACAGGGUUUCUUCAUUUUAGUGUUUGGGACAUUGUUGGAUUCAAAGAUCCGAUCUCGGCUCUCAAGAACAUUACCUACAUCAAGCACAGGUUCAAAUCCAACAAGAAGUACAAGUGCUGGCAUUUCUUCUCUCGGUGGAAUGAACUUGAUAAGCAGACUACGCGGAAGGAGAUAUAUGUACAAUGUGUCGGGAGCUGCAAACCGCUCGAGCAGCAAUGAGCAAUCAGAGUCAUUUGUCAGUAUCUGAAUUAACACAUACAUCUGUACACAUCAAGCUGACUUUAUAAUUGAUUUGAAAUAUCUAUCUGUUUAAAGAUUUUUCUGUAUAUAAUCAGAAAUUGUAUAAUACUUUAUGUAGAACUCAUUAUCUCACAGCACUGAGUCUUAAAAUGCAUUUUGUAUGUCAAGUUGACAAUGUGGUUUUGGAGUCAGAAGGUGUUGCAAAAUCAGAAUGUAUAUGAUGUGAUAGACAGCCUUACAUUAUGUUUGUAGAAGGCUUCACUGUAUUGUCACUCUUCACAUCUUUAUGCUGAGAAGCCAGAGGAAAGCAUAUGAUAUAGUAAGUGGGAUAUUGCUGAAAUGUAUUAAUUUUCAGUGA